AAAAAAAAAAAAAUAAUAAUAAUAAAAUAAAAAUUGUGGCUUGUUUUGGUUUGGUAUAUCCAUUCUCUUGAAGUCUCACAAUGGUUACGGGUUCGCAAGCUGAAUUAGGAAUGGCUGCCGUUGAAGGGGAGGUGGGUCCCACAAAGGAUGUGAUUAAGGCAUUAGUUCAGACUUUGGUUGAUCCUUCGUUGCCUUUGAUGGCCUCAGCUGAUGACCCUCCUUCCAUGGAUGCUCAAAUCUCUGUUGCUAGACAGAUGCACGCAGUUGUUCUGCUUUACAAUUACUACCACAGAAAGCAAAAACCGGAGCUCGAAUAUUUGGAUUAUGUCUCAUUCUGUAAAUUGGCCAUGUCACUAUGGCCUUCUCUGGCGGCAUUCAUGAAUAUAACGAGUCAAAGUGAAUCGGUGACUGAGAAUGAGCUCUCGUUGACUGAAAAAUUGGUGAAGGAUGCUUGCAACAUCUCUUUAAACUUAGAUGCAUCAAAAGAUGUUCCGCUUAUAGAAAAAUGGCCGAUUGCAAAAGUUGGGGUGUUGUUGAUUGACCCAAACAAAGAGAAUUGUUUGCUUUGGUUUGGUUCUGUGACUGAAGGUGUUUGGUCACUCAUUGAAAAGGAUAUCGAUGAGUUAAGCCAAGGAAUUUUGGCAGAGGAAAAAGUGGGUACGAAAAGGAAAUUCGUCAGUCGGAAAGCGAAUAUGCAACAGAUUGCGUUUGAUGCCGUGAAAGAAAAAUCAGCUUUAGUUUUUCUGCUGUUACAGAAGAAUCAGUCGUCUUUUGAAAGCAGAAAGAUUGAACGUGCUGAUCUUGUGCUUCUGGAGACUCAUGUUACGUACUCGUUGAGUAAAGCAAAGUCGGCCACACAAUUUUACAUGAUGCAAUAUAAAAGGCCGUUCAGCACAAACCAAACAGUCCCCCUUAAAUUUCUGGUCGAGAGUUUGCAAGGCCCUUUGGCUGAAAAGUAUGGUGAUUGUUGGGAGUCUACAGCAUUUGUCGAGUAUUAUCACAUGGUUCCUUAUGUGGAAUUCAUCGCGAGCUGGCUUUCAAGGAAGGAUUUGUGUUUGCCGAGUUUGAAUGGCUACAGUGGCCCAAGCACCACAAAAACUGGCGAAAAAGAAUCAACUUCAACCAAAAAGAUUGCUUUGCCUACUAAAGAGCCUUCUCCAAAAACAUUGGCGUUUGAGAAAAUUCACAAGAAAUCGAAUCAAGUAUCAAUGAAGGCGGAAAAAGUUAUUUAUCCAGAUAUUUUCAAUGAAGAUGACUAUGAGUAUCUCAAGGGUUCAUUAUCUGGCACUUCAAAAGGGAGUGAAUCUACUAAGACCUCUCCUAAGAGUGAGGAUACAAGCAUGAAGCUAAAUUCGAAAACAAUUGUAUAUAACCGGAGUAGGGAGAAUACUCCAUCUGUGAAAAAUGUUGCACAUAAUCCCGAAGCUACCAACUUUAACGUGGCGAUACCAAAGGCUUUGAAGCCAAACGACACUUUAUGCAGAGAUGAUAUGAAGACUGCAGAAAAAGGAGAUGUGAAUAACUCGUCCAGUCAAAAUGGGAUAGUUGCUGUGACUGAAAAUCCGGUAGUUCAGCUUGAGGAGCCAUACUAUAUUGAAAUGAAAAACGAGAAGGAUGAGCUCGACAGGCUGAAUGCAUUGGCUCUUCUUGCUAGAAAAAGACAAGCAUUGUUGUCUCAAAUCUGCACUUUGGAAGAUGAGUUUGCAUUGUAUGAAGAUUGUAUGGAACGAAUAAGGGAUGUUGGCGAUUCUGAUUUGGCUCGUCAAUGCAUCAACUCUAUCCUAAGCCACAGUAGCACUUUACUUCCAAAGAAUGAAAUCCAAAUCUUAGAAAAGGGUCAUCAGCCUGUCGAAAGUCAUUGCAAUAUAUUUCAUCCCGGAGUAUCUUCAUGUGACUAUUUGGAAUAUCUGUGUGGCAAGAAUAACUGGAGGCUCCCCAGAUAUUUUGUCAAGCCUUCUGAUGGUAAAUUCAUGUCGAAAGUGGUGGUUACUGGUAAAAAUUUCGAGCUCUGUGUAGAGGGUAAUUGGGAGUGCAGUCCUUGUGAAGCAAGGGAGUCCAGUGCUGUUGGCAUGAUUGCCAAAUUAUAAGACCACUUUUCUGGGUUAAUCAGGAUUAUUUUGUCAUUUCUGAUUAUGUGGGAUAUUAUUUCUCUAUUCAAAUGGAUGUGUGUCCAUCAUUUGACAUUGUCUGAGAACAUUUUCUUUUUUCUUGGGUGAAAAAACGGUUUUUGAAGGGUUAGUUGCAAUGUUUAACUGGGAUCAUCUGAGUUUUGGAUUUCUUCUAUUCAAAUGGUUUUUUGCUUGUAAACUUUUAUAUUUUAAUAGUUGAUGGUUAGUACAAAAAUAUGGUGGUGUUUUUUCA